CGGCCUCCCACAGCUCAAUCUGCACUUCAAAUGAACCACACUUUGUGACGCGAUUGGUAUUUUGGAAUGUUUACUGUGUUCGCCUCUUCAGCCGAUAUCGCGAAUUUGGAAAUAAAUUCAAGCGGACGUCGGUUCCUGGAGGACGGUCGUAUGAGUGGCUGACUCUGAAGAAUGACUUGCAUUUAAAAUCCCCCACCCCCCGACCCCCAUAACCAAUCCUACGGAUCACUGACGUUACAAUUCAGCAUUUGGCCCAGAUAUCAUCCAUCAGAUCAUUAGACAGUCAGAGUUGUGAGUAUAGAUGGUGCAACACGUGGAAAAAACAUUGUUUCCAUACUAUUAUGACCAGCAAUGCACCUUAGUAAAUCAACAUUGAAUAUCCCAGUCAAUCAGAGGUGGUCGAAUUCAAUAGAAGCUACUUUAUUUGAACAGGAGCAGGGUAAUAAUUCGGGUCAAGCCACUUAUUGGGUGAAAGGGGGAGGUGUCUAUGAGAUAUUUGAGCUGACUUCCAUUUUGGGCACCAUGUGUGCACACCACACAGCAUCAGCAACCUUGCUUCAGACAAUACAACUUUUUAAAAAAAAGAUAAAAUAAAGAUUUAUUUUUAAGAAUGGCUGACCAACUCUGCAAUGCCUCUGCCAGUGGAAACCUACCCAGAGUGUUGGUGUUACUGCAAAGUGGAGCACAUGUUAAUGGGUUAAAUAAAUACAACAGGACUGCACUGCAGGUGGUGAAGUUGGGGAACGCCGCCGUGGUCCAGGCUCUCCUCCGGGCCGGGGCAGACCCCAACCUCCGCGACCCGGUCUGCGGUCUCACCGCGAUGCACGACGCCGCGCGCGAAGGAUUCGUCGAGUCUGUGCGCGCGCUGGUGGACUACGGGGCAGAUCUAAACAUCGUGGACGAGCAGGGUAACCUACCGCUCCACCUGGCCGCCAGAGAGGGACAUCUGGAGGCGACCCAGAUGCUGAUCGGACGCACCGCGGACCCGCGUGGCCCCAACGGCCUAGGAUACACCGCCGGGCAGCUGGCGCACAUCCACAAGAGGGUGGAGUGUGCCAAAUACAUCCACGACUACUUGAGCUCCCACUAAAGGGAUGAAGAGGAUGAAGAUAAAACCUUCUUAUGAGU